GACGAAGAAUACACUUUUGAGGGAGGCUCAGGAGCGCGAGAUUUUGCGGCGGGAGUUUUUGGUUUUGCCAAAGAAGAUUAAGAAUGAGGAGAUUAGGGUUCUGUUUGUUUUUUAUGAUAGGCAUGAAUGUUGCUCUGCCCACCGGAGAGGGAGUGAUGGUUAAGAAAGGCGAGGCUGUAUGGUUCUUUUUCGAACGUGCUUGGAGAAUGUCUGGACCCCGGGAGUCGCUCUGGAUAUCGGUCGAUGAUUUAGUAUUUACUGCCCGUCCGAUGCACUUUGAAUUCUGCUACUUUAUCGUCAAUCACACCCUGGGGCCCAACGGAUUAUUAUUUCAUUUUCCUUCAUCCCCAACGCCCACCCCCCAGACCCGCACUCCGAAUCCCAAUAGAGACAACCCUACGGUGACUAAUAUGGUGGAUCGCCGCUGGUACGAAAAUAAGCACAUAUUCCCCGCGAGCGUGUGGACAGAAUUUGACCCACAUAGAGGUUACUGGAACAUGGUAAGGCGGGAUAUGGGUGGGAAUACUUUUUCCGGUUAAACCAGCUCCCUCUCAGUGGUCAACUCUGGCUGCUCCCUGGUUAGGGAUGGGUGAAUCUACUAUCAGAAGGCUCUCUUGAAAACUACGGUAUGAUAGUAUGAUACUGUAUAUGAUGUUUACUUCUUUUUUCUUACUUUUCCCUUAUAUCUUAUCAUAAACUACAGGACCCGGUUCAAUUGUUGACCCCGAUGUGGAACCAUUCGUAUGCUAGUUGCAAGGAAGAAAUUCAAUGAAACUAAUAAUUGGAUGCGU